AAUAUCAAGAAAUAGUUUGAAAAGGAAAUUUUGCGCCUUUCAAUUUAUUUUAAAAUAGAGUUCCACAUAUUUCUUAUAAAUGGAAUAAACAAUUAAUUAAAUAGCAAAAUUUUUCAGUGAGAAUUUAAAUAAUCUAUUUUAAAUUUUCCUGACAGAGAAAAUGAAAAAGAAAUGAGAAAAAAAUUAAUAAAAACAGAAAUCUUAAUAAAUAGUAACAAAUUUUGUUUUAGAAAAAUAUUUAAAAAUUAAAAUCAUUAUCUAAAGCCUUUUUCCAUGAACCAUACAUAUUUCAACUAUACUAUACUAUCUAAUAUGUUGCUAUAACAACAGCAUUCCUUGUUUAUGCUUGUUUAUUUUAACCAAAGACUUAAGUUUUACUAUUCUUUAUCCUUUCUUCCAACUCUCGAUUUAAUAUGCAGAAAAAUGAUAAAUGUUGUAAAGAAUUUCAUGAGUUAUUGCAUCGAGUGAAAAAAAAUCCAAUAGAGCCUCUUCAAUUCUUGAGCCAUGUUUUAGAUGAAGUUAAUGAUGAUGAUGAUAAUAAUCAAAGUUCCAUAAGUCGUACAACACAUACAGAUAUUGAUUUUCAAUUAGCUUCUUUGAUAAAACGAAUUGAAACGAAUGUAUCAAUAUUGGAAAGGACUAAUCAGCGUGUAAAAGAUAUAAAUUUCAUUACAGAGAAGAAUAAAAUCCUUUCUUCAAGAGAAUUAAAUAAUUACAAUAAGGAAACUUUAUCACAGAUAAAUGAAGAUGAAUUAAAAACCGAAUUAAAUAUUGAGCAUCCUGAAAUUGAUGCAGUUCAACAUAUGAUGAAUAGUACUUUGCAAAUUCUGAAACGCAUAAAGAAAAUUACUAUUGAUGAUGUAGAUUCUAAAACAUCUUUGGGAUAAAAAUAAUAAUUAGUUUGAAAUGGUAGAGAUUAGACAAAAUCAUUUUCACUUAGCGGGUGAUCCUUUGAUAAAUUGAAAAUAACUAUUUACACGUAUUUAAUUUGAAGUGAAAAGGUAAAUUACAAAAGGAUAAUAAUAGAUAAAAGCUCUAUUAACGUCAAUUUUAUUUAUAUGGUAUACAUACAGUAUAAUUGUUUAUACAAGUUGACAUAAAUUCGAUACAGGUACACAUUUGAUACGUAUGAACUACGAGAAAUUUUUAUGUUUAUUUAAAACAUUGCUAUUUUUUAAAAUUAUGUUUUAAUUAUGCCAGUCGAAUAAGCAUUUAAGCCUUUAAGCAAAAUUUAUGCCGUUUUUGUCCCUUUCGGUAUGAGCAUCCAAAAUCAUUUUCAAAGUCCUUGUCUUUUUCAAACAAAUAACUGCCUGGCGUAUACCAUUAGCAUUCUUUGACAAAGUCCAAUACGCAAUUCGAAGCCGAAUAUUUUUAUAAUGUUCUUUUUUGUAUAUAUUUUCAAUUGCUUUAUAAUAUUUGACAAGUUUGAAGCUAUGUAUAUAAAAGGAAUUAAUAUUUUUUUAAAAUAAUAACACAGAAUAACAGAUAUAGUAUUCUGCGUAAAUCAAGCCAUUUGUAUAAAUUUUUUCUACAAAGGCUUUAAAUCGGACCCAUUUACCAGCUGGCUAAAUAUAGAAAUAGACGAUAAAAUAACGCAUACACCUUACAUUAAUUGAUAUUCAAUGUAAUUUUGAGAUUAGAAUAUGAGAGAGACAUUUUCAUUUUCCUCCUGCCUUGCUUUGAUAGACGUAAUUUUAUUUUUCAAAAAUCAAAUGAUACCUAUAUAACUUAUUCAAAGUUUAAAAGAGACGACACAUAGUCGGGAAAGACUGAAAUUUUAGAUUCUUUGAAAUUUUGUUCAAUCAUUUUUAUGUUUGCUUUGAUUGGUUGGCUUAUUUAAAUAAAUAUAGUCAACAAUUUAUCCCUAUUCAUCAAUUACUGGGAGAUGCGUUUGAUUGCUUAUUGUCUGUUCACAAUAGCAGCCCUCGACGAGUCACUAAAAUUAUUUAUUAAAAAUUAAAGUAAUAGUCUUAAGUUGCCCUUCAAUCGAUAUUCACUUAUAAUCAAUUAUUCAUAUUUAUAAUUUAUUAUCACAACCUUUUUCAAUCAUAUUGAUGAUAGAAAUAAAAUAUUAUAAUUUAUAUUUGUCAUAUAUAUUUGAGUUGAAUACGUAAUACUUUUUUUUCAAUCUUUACAAUGACAUUCAUUUCGUUGCAUUGAAAUUUCGUUCAAUCAUUAAAUUAAAUAGAACGACAAAGUAUAUAAUUACUAAAUUUAUCAUUUGUCGUGUCAGUUAAUGUUUUUAUAAAUAAAUAAAUUUAGUUUAUUUAAAAAAAAAA